UGGACUUUAGAACAACUAUAAAAUCAAAAUUAGAGGAUUUUAUUCAUAUUCAUUCUCAUUCAGAAAAAAAGAAUGGCUACCAUUGUUGCUCCUGAGAAGACAUCUCCAAUUGAUGAUGCUUAUGUUAUCAAAACCGCAUGCCGAGGAUUGGGAACCGAUGAGAAAGCAUUAAUUUUAUUGUUGGGUCGUCGAACUGCAAAUCAAAUAAAGCAAAUUAAACAAGCUUAUCUUGAAGUGUAUCAAGAAGAUCUCAUCAAGCAACUUAAAUGUGAAAUUUCAGGGGAUUUUGAGAAAGCAAUGUGCCAAUGGGUUGUGGAUCCUGUUGAAUGUGAUGCUAUCCAAAUCCAUGAGGCAUUGAAGAAAGCAAAACCCGAUUAUAAUUUAGUCGCGGAGAUUGCGAGCACCAAAUCACCUGAAGAACUCCUCGCAGUUAAGCGUGCUUUUCACAAGAUCUACAAGCAUGCUCUUGAAGAAGAUGUUGCAUCUCACACCCGUGGAAAGAUGAGAAAAUUUUUGGUGGGAAUUGUUAGCACUUACAAGUACCAUGGUGAUGAAAUCGAUGAGAUCAUAGCACAUUCAGAUGCAAACAUUCUUCAUGAUGAACUUCAAGAUGGAAAAUCUGUUCAUGAAGAGAUCAUAAGAAUUAUCAGCACAAGGAGCAAACAACAACUCUUGGUUACUUUCAAUCAUUUCAAGGACAUUCAUGGGACCUCCAUUUCAAGGGCUCUAAGAGUUGCACCAGAACAAGAAUUCUUUCAGACAGUAAGAGUGGCCAUCAAGUGCAUCAAAUGUCCUCCAAGGUACUUUGCUAAGAUGUUGCGCAAUGCAAUUGUUGGGCUUGGAACAGAUGAAGAUGUUCUUACACGUGUGAUAAUUACAAGAGCAGAAAUCGACUUGAAAGAAAUAAAACAAGUAUACUUUGAGAAGAACAAUACUUCCCUUGAUGAAGCUGUGGCUGGAGAUACUUCAGGAGAUUACAGAGCAUUUCUACUAACUUUGUUGGGAAGUGAUGGAUAUUGAGAUUUUAAGAGCAAUUUUCAAUAAUUUAGAAAUUAAAGACAUUGAUCUUUUAGUUGCAAUAAUUUCAGUAUCGUUCUAAUUUUA